AAACAAAAACAAUCCACCCGGGCGUCCAUCUUGAAUACAGUAAGCCAACGGUGACUGACAGCAAACGGAGAGGGAAAUCGCGGUAAAUUGAGUUCCGACCGCUCUAAAAAGUCAACCGACCGCGAGCACCGGGACAAUACAUAUUGAAGGAUUACAUUUAGUGACAUGAUCUGGCUAUUCCGUGUCAUUUUUGGCGUCAUAAUCCCGACGGGGCUGUUGAAGUUAUUUCGGAGGCUGUACGUGCUAAGCUUUAUUUCAGCCGUCGACAUCUCUUAGUUUAAAACGACAGUUUGUUUUAACUACAUACCUUAGCAGUUCCGGAGAAGCUUUGUGAGGUUGUGGACUGCAGGUUUGAGUCAUUAACACCCGAAGGGAAUGUGGAAAUAGCGCGUUUGGCCAUAUUUAAGUCCUUCACUGUCAAUUUGAGCUCGCGCUUGCGCUGAAUCGUGCGCGUGACCCCAUUUAUCUCACUUUAUCUAUGAUCUGGUGUACUACAUAUAUUUAAAUACUAAGCGAAGUAAGCGUUAUGUGUAGAUAUCGUUUUGGGAUGUUAAUUCCAUUUUUUAUGUCCGUGAAUGUGCAUGCAUUUAGUUAACUGCCACAGACUUUUCAGGCGGUUUGGGGGCAUUGCUCAGUUCCAUUGCAUUAACAACAAUAUUUUGAUCUGUAUAUUUUAUGGCGGGUUCUAUGCAUAGGUUGUCCAGUUGUUCUGAUCACUGGGGUUGGGAGCUGGCCCAUUUACUGAAACAGCUUAUUGAACGGGCUCGUUUAUUCUGAGCGCAAGACAGGGCAACGGUGUAUAGAUACAGUAUUCGUACCCAUUGGAAUUUCUUAGUUAUUGAUAUGGGUUUUAAAGCAAACUGCAUGGACAAUCAUAGAUCACUUUAUUUCUAAAAGCUCGUCUGCUUUGAAUGAACUAACACCAGUGGACACUUAAUGCCGUUUCUAAGUCACUGAAUCUGAGGACUAUAAACUGGCAUUGGAUUUGUGCAUUGCCAUAUAUCACUGACUCGGUGACAUGGAUGUGUUUCACUGACUGCUGAUCAGUGGUUCGAGGAGAAACUUGAAUGCAAAGACUUUGGGAUUUUGUAGGACAAGACAGAAAAUUUAAAAAUGGGACCUGCAACGAAGCUGGCGUUUGGAGUGUUCCUCAUUUCCUGCUCCUCAGGUGCCAUUCUCGGCCGAUCAGAGACACAAGAGUGUGUGUUCUACAACUACAACCCCGGCUUGGGGAACCGAGGAAACCUCAGUGGUAUUGAGUCUUGCGUGGGAGACAAGGACAAGAGGCUUCAUUGCUUCGCAACUUGGCGAAAUGUGUCUGGAUCAGUUGAAAUAGUAAAGCAAGGCUGCUGGCUUGAUGAUAUCAGCUGCUAUGACAGCACUGAGUGUGUUGAGAAAAAGGAGGACCCAGAUGUGUUCUUCUGCUGCUGUGAUGGCAACAUGUGCAACGAGAAAUUCUUCUACAACCCUGAAAUGCCGCCAGUUCAGAGUAAGGCUCCCUUCAGCGACACAAACAGCAAAGUCUUUAAGGCAACAUCUAACCCCUUCACUCAGAAGCCACCACUGUUCAGUACUGUUCUGUACUCCAUCGUGCCCAUCAUGGGCAUCGCAGCCAUUGUCCUGCUCUCCUUCUGGAUGUAUCGACAUCACAAGCUGGCGUAUCCACCUGUUCUGGUGCCUACCCAGCACGCCUUUCAUAUAAUGGUAGAGGACCCUGGACCCAUGCCGCCGUCUCCCAUCCUGGUCCAGAAGCCACUACAGCUGUUGGAAAUCAAAGCUAGGGGGCGCUUUGGCUGUGUGUGGAAGGCUCAGCUGCUCAGUGACUAUGUGGCAGUGAAGAUUUUCCCCAUUCAGGACAAGCUCUCAUGGCAGAACGAGUAUGACAUUUACAAUAUCUCCGGCAUGAGGCAUGAAAACAUUCUUCAGUUCAUUGGGGCAGAGAAGAGAGGAAGCAACCUGGACAUUGAGCUGUGGCUCAUCACGGCUUACCAUGAGAAGGGCUCCCUGACAGACUACCUAAAGGCAAACGUAGUGACGUGGAAUGAGCUGUGUCACAUCGCUCAAACCAUGGCUCGGGGCCUGGCUUACUUGCACUCUGACUUCCCAGGACACAAAGACGGCCACAAACCAGCCAUCGCACACAGAGAUAUUAAGAGCAAGAACGUGCUGCUGAAGACAAACCUGACGGCCUGUAUAGCUGACUUUGGUCUGGCUUUGAGGUUUGAGGCAGGAAAGUCAGCUGGGGACACACAUGGGCAGGUGGGAACCAGACGUUACAUGGCCCCAGAGGUGUUGGAGGGAGCCAUCAACUUCCAGCGAGAUGCUUUCCUCCGGAUAGACAUGUAUGCAGUGGGACUGGUGCUGUGGGAGCUGGCGGCCCGUUGCACUGCAUCUGAUGGUCCAGUGGAUGAGUACAUGCUUCCGUUUGAGGAGGAGGUGGGCCAGCACCCCACUCUAGAGGACAUGCAGGAGGUGGUGGUCCACAAAAAGCUUCGGCCCACUCUCAGAGAGUGCUGGCAGAAACAUCCGGGUCUGGCCAUGCUGUGCGAGACUAUAGAGGAAUGUUGGGACCACGAGGCUGAGGCGCGUCUCUCCGCGGGCUGCGUCGAGGAACGUGUGAUCCAAAUGCAGCGGCAGACCACCGUCUCCGCCCCAGAGGAAAUAGUCACCGUUGUAACCAUGGUGACCAAUGUGGACUAUCCCCCUAAGGAGUCCAGUCUAUGACUAGAGGAUAUCAGCAUGUGAAUUUUGGGCUGACCGAACAGAAAAGACACGUCGGAGAUGGUGGUGGACUGCUGUUCUGAUGGCUGGCUUCAGACAUGCUGGAUGAUCGUCCUGUACUUAAGGCUGGAGCAAAUGCAGAUGAUGCAUUUUGUGCCGAAUCUGGGUUUAAUACAGGUUUACCUGGAGCCAGCUACGUUAUUGUAUUUGUGUGUAUAUAUAAACUAGUACCACGGGGCGCUCUGGUAAGGACGGAUGGAUUAUAAACCAACAUCAAAUCGAACCUCUUUGUUGUCGUUUCUCUGCUCGGAGGAUAAACUUUCACAUUCAAGGAGUAAAGGAGACUCCUCCUCCGCACGGCGCUCGUGUCAUUUCAGUAUAAAAAGGGCAACGUCCAUGUAAAAAAAGACACAUUUAAUGUGUUCGUAUGAAUGACUAUUGUAAUGCCAAUAAGAAACAGCUUUUUGAAUGUGUAGUGUUGGCUG